AUGAGCACUCAAGGAAGUAGCUCUGGUGCCGAGAGGGCUCGGGAGAGUUUUGCCUCCAUUCUCAGCUAUUAUCAAAACCACGUUCCGAGCGAAGAAGCGCCUGAAUUCGUGAAAAGGGCUUCCAGCGGCGAGAUACCAAUUGGGGUUGCGAAGGGAGCUGUACCAUCCGCGGAACAAGGUGAAGAGCUGAAAAAAGCUCUGAAGCUAGCUAUGGAAACUCAAGAUGCUUUAGCAAAUCUCUCUGCUGCCGAGAAAGAGAUCAUGUCCCAGGCAGCAAAUGCGAGUCUCCGGAAACGUUCUGGAGAGAAGUAG